CUCAGAGGGUCAACUGACACACUACAAUGGAUGUGUUGGGAAGCUUGGAAAUUCGGUGGGUGCAAGGUUACACCAAUGGCACUGUUAAAUUUGUCGACAAGAGAACAGCAUGUUACACCUGUGGAAAUGUCAUUGUUUUUUUCAAUGUGGACACUAAAACGACGAAGACUCUGCAGAGCCCUGGGUCUGGCAUUGGAGCCUUUACAGCCUGUGGGCAUUGCAGGCUUCUUGCCUUUUCUGACCUAAAACUCAAUCCUUCCAUAUUUGUCUAUAACUAUCCAGACCUUGAGCUGAUGUGUGAACUGAAAGGUACUGCUAAACUGGGCUACACCACUCUUACACUGUGUGAUUCCGGUCCUUAUUUAGCCUGUGUCUCCGACAUACCUGAUCACACUAUCACUUUAUGGAACUGGGAGAGUUGUGUUCCAAUUUGUAGCCAUCCACUGGUGGGAGAGGGCAUCAUGGACUUGGUAUUUAAUCCCAUGAACUGGUGUCAAAUUUGUGCUGUAAACUCGAGGUCCCUCACCAUUUGGAAUGUUGAAAGAUGUGGCGACUAUCAUUCGAUGAAACCUAGUGUUGUUGAUCUACCUGCUACUGAUGGUUCAGUGGUUGAGCAUGAAGCAAACCCUUCUCAUAUACUGAGUGAAAAGAUGACAUAUUUGGGCCCUCAGAUGCCCAUUUCAGCCGUCGCUGAGCUGAGUGGGGACAGAGCGGACAAUUUUGAGCCUUUGAAACAAAUAAAACCAAAGGUGUGUGUAAGUGCCAUCUGUUGGUCAAUUUCUUCUGACCUUUAUGUUGGAAGCAAGGAAGGUUUUCUCCUUUGUGUGAAUCCUGAUACUCUGAUCAUCUCUGUUUUAUACAAACCGCAAACCAAUGGUAUAAACAUAGAAGACAGUGAAACUUCCCUGCAGGAGGGCAGUUUCCAGAGUUUUGCACUGCAGGACUCCAAUCUCUUUGCUGCAGGAAAUGAUGGCAUUUUACGAAACAUUCAAAUUAAAGGAAAUAAAUUGGAGGUGGUUCAGACAUGGGCUUUGGAUGAGGCAGUAUCAAGCAUGAUAUUUUCACCUGAUUGUGAAACAUUGCUUAUAACUUCUAAUACAGGCUGUGUUUACAGAUUCAAACCAUUGCUAAAGGACAAAGUUUUUAAAGUCCGGGAUGCCCUCUGUGGAGAUUUCGUGGCUGUUGCUCCAUUAUACACUGAGAGAAACCUUUGUUUGUCAGCCAGAGAGGGAGGAGAGAUACAGUUGUGGACUUUGGAUAGUGGACUUUGCAUGGGCUCCAUCUUUUUGCACACAAAUGUGACCAGUAUGGCAUGCUGCCUCAUAGGGCAGUAUGCUGCUGUAGGGACAGUUACAGGAGACGUCUUGUUUGUAGAGAUGACCACAAAAGAGAAGCCCAGACUAGUACAUAGAAUUCACCUCUACCAUGUUCCUGUAGACCAUUUAGUGUUUGAUCAAGGUGGAAACUUUUUAAUUACUGGAGCAUCAUCACACAUAUUUGUGCUGGAUGCAAGGCCGUCAAAAGAAUUUGAAAUUAUUGGAUGGAUCGAGGUCCCAGGUGCCAUUAUAAGCCUGUCCACUCAGUACAAUAAAGAGAAUGAUCAGGUUCAAGUGCUGGUGCUAUGCAGCAAACAGAGGAAGGAGAAGACAGAAGGACAAACCAGUGAGGGAAGUGUGCUUCUGCUACUGACGUUGUUUGUACAGCAGCUCACAGACUCAACAGGUUGUGUGGAUGUUCACGGCUGUCUGCGAAAAGAAGUUUUUCACAGCUGUCUGUAUAAGCUCCCUGACACUCUCUGCUCUUGUGACUUGGCCACCAACAAGAUAUUCGGUUACUGUCAACAGAAAAAAGUCUUGCAGCGAUUUACUAUCCCUGAGGGUGAAGAAAAGUUCUCCAAGGUACAAGAAUCAGUACAAUUGAUUCCAGAGGAAGAGGCUGGGGGGCAUCUCCUGGGCCCUGCAUUUCUACAGCUUUCUCCUCAUCAAAUGUGGUUGGCAACUGUUGGCAGGGAUGGACUGCUGCGACUCUGUGAGAUCUCCUCAAUGGACAGGUAUGUGCAGCUGCAGUGCCACUCAUGUUGGCAGGGUGGAGUCGGCUCUGUUUGUUUUACUCUAGACAGUCAGACCGUCAUCACUACGGGCCUUAGGGAUGGUUCUCUUGUCUGUUGCAGGCUCAGAUUAAAGCUUUCUGGGGCUGCCAAAGAGAAUGCAGCUGCCCAGUAUAGUCAGUCGAUCGCUGAGUCUUUUGAGUCGAAAGCAUCUUUAGAAAACAGCAUCCUUACCAGAAUGAGUGACUGGGAUCCACAAGCACAGUCUUUAAUGCAUACAGAGGAGGUCAGUCUUAAAGGAAAGACAAGUGGUGAAAAUGAACAAGAGGAAAGCUACUCUGCAUCCCCAACUAGUUCUACAUGGCUUGAUAAGAAACUUGAUGCGAUUCUCCAUGAGGAGACUCAGCAGUAUUCAGAUAUAAAGAAGACCCUUAGAACAAACAUAAAGGUUCUGCGUGACACGAUUCAGACUAUGAUGCUGGAGAAUGAGAGUCUACCAGAAAUGGAGAAACUUGAGCAACAGGAGUUUAACCUGGAUGUUGAAGAGCAGCAGAGGCUAAAGGCUGAGGCAGAGCAAGAAGUUACCAGGGUGAGGAAGGAGAUAGAGAUGGAGAAUCUUGCUAAGUGCUAUCAGAGGGAAGUCCUGAAGAGGGAAUGCUGGGAUUCCAUGAAAAUCAAAGGAAAAGCCAUAAAGGCCUUUCAUUCAAAUUAUGAGGUAAAAAACUACCCCAUGAAGGAACGCACUGAAGAAGAACUCAAUGAACUUCAUAGGGUUGAGACCAUGAGGCAGAUCGAACAGGCAGAUUCACAACUCCAAGAUGUGCUUCUACAAAGGAAGAAGGAUGAGGAAGACAAGGAUUCAGAGGACAUUGAGACUGACAGUCCUGCUCUAACAGGCAGUUUGAGUUCUCUGUAUGGAGGCUUCAAUACGCAUCUCUACAACCAGUUCAACUUACACAUCAGAGAGCAGAAAAUCAACCAAAUCACAUUGCUGAAGGAUGUUAUCUACAAAGUGAAGACCUCAUUCAACGAAGAAUUUGAGGCUGUGUACAACCAGAAGGAACAGGAAAUCAACCGUGUUAGAGAGAAGAACAAGCGUAUCUCUGAGAUUAUGGCUGAACUGGGCCUAAGUGAAAGCCUAUGGGAGCCCACUCUCACAGAUAAUGAGUGUCCUGAGAGAGCUCUUACUGUGACUGACUCUGAGAUCAAGGUAGAGAAAUACCUAACCCCCGAGAAGAGGCAAAAUGAAGAAAAGCUAAGAGAGGAAGAAAAACUCCAAGGCCUUGCGGCAAAAUCUGAUAACGUGAGAGAUCAAGCGCUUAAUGUGAUGAUGGGUGGAGUCCUGGAGCUCAAAAAGGAGGAUAUCCUGAGUGUGGAAGUACCUCAGCCCGAGUUCACGUCUAAACCUGAGAUACAGUGGACAGAAGAAGAGAGAAAGAGCUUCAAGGAGCAUGAGAAAAAAGCAAAAGAGCUCAGGGAGGAGCAAGAGAAGUACAAAAAGAUCUUAGAAUCAGACAUGAAAAAACUGCUGACAUCCAUUAAAGAGGCUACACAGGCCUUUGAUGAAAAACUCACAAAGCUUUUUCAAAGGAAGGUGAAAUCAGAGAUGGUCAUAUAUCAGGAGGAGCUCAAGAUCGCAACUCUGGUCCACUCUAUUCAAACUGAAGAGGAGAUCCUGAAUAGAGAGAAACAGCUGACCAUUAAACUUGAAAGAGCACGAAUGUUAAAGAACAAAAUUGGCGAGGAUUUAAAAAAACAAAAGGACAUCGUUGAUGAGUUUCGAGACGUAUACGAUAGUGCAGUCGCUGAGGACAAACUUCUCGAAAAAGGAUUUCGAAAAGAGUUUUAUGAUGUUCCUGUAAACAUUAUUGAUGAUCUCUAUAAACUCUACAAACGCAGACCUAGGGUGCAGAAAAUAAAAACACAAACACAAAAUAACCUGGAUAGAGCUCAGUUAGGAACAGCAGCAUCAGAGGGACUCGCUCUGAUGAUGAAGGCAAUGAAAGACCUGGAUGCUCCAGAGAACAUGCCUAACGGAUUAGAUCCAGUUGUGUGGGAAAGGUUUUGCUUGGCUAGACAGGCCAAAGUGGAAAGUGAGCAUCAGGUGAAACUGAAAGCAUUGACCCUGGCAGAGAUGCAGGCUUUUCUGCAUAGGAGAAUAGAUGAGGAUGACAAAGCUCAUGGUGAAAUGAAAAAUCUCAUUGAUAGUCUUAAUAGCCUCUGUGAAGAGAAGAUGAGGUUCAGACUGGACUGCAUGGUGCAGGUUGUUCUACAGCAAGGUCAGGUUGAAGUGGAAGCUAAAGACUUCAUUGCUGAUUAUGAAGAUGCUUUACUGAUCCAUCGCAGUGUAAUUGAGGACCUGAACAGCACCAUCAGGGCUUUAGGAUAUCAGAAGAUUAACAGCAUGGUGGAAUGUAAAGACUUCCGCAAAGGAAUCAUACAGCAGGAGUGGGAGCACAAGAGAAUGAGACUGCAGCUGGAAGAUCUCAGCAAUAAAAUCAGAGAUAUCCAGACACUGCGCGUCACUCAGGAGAUUCAAGAGUAUCUGAACGAAAUAAAUCAGGACAACAGGAUGUCAAAGCAGCUCACAAUUUUGGAGAGGACCAUAGCAUUACAAAACAAGGCUCAUCAGAAGAAAGUUGAGGCUUGUAAGAAACAGAUAAAACACCUGGACAGACAGGUCGCACAGAUGCAAGAGAAAAACACAGCCCUUGAUUCACAAAUGGAUGAUAUGGAGAUAACUGUUGCAGAGACAAGAAAUAUUUACGAGGCUUCUGCAGUGAGAGACAACCAGGAAAGUGAGGCAGAAAAGCACUACAAAGAUAUCGUUCUUAGAAAGAAGCUGGUGAACAUUGCCAGAAUGCAGUCUCAAGAGAUACUCCUCCUGAGGGCUGACGUGGAGAAAUUGCGUAUGAAGAACUUUCCAGCACUUGCACAACUACACUAGAACUGAUUCAG